UACCGUGCAAAAUGGCAGAGCCAACAGAACAAGACCGUAGCAUGUUUGUUGCAUUUCUUGAAGAUAUUAUCUAUAGUCCCAUAAAUUUAGCGUUGCUAGCAAUUUGCGCGUUUCUUCUAUAUAAAAUUAUUAAGGGAAGGCGAGAAUCAGUACCUGCCACACCCAGCCGUCCCCCCUUGCCGAAGUUAAAGAAACAAGAUUUCGCGUUGCACCAGCUGAAUCAGUACAACGGACUUGGUCCAGAUGAACGAAUUUGCAUCGCAGUUAAUGGGAAAGUGUUCGAUGUUACGCGCGGACGUCGCUUCUAUGGACCAGGCGGUCCUUACGGCAUUUUUGCUGGUCACGAUGCAUCGCGAGGGCUUGCAACAUUUUCCGUGGGCGCAGAGGCGAUCAAGGAUGAAUGUGAUGAUCUCUCUGACCUGACUUCAGAGCAGAUGGAUUCUGUGCGAGAGUGGGAGCUACAGUUUAUGGAAAAGUAUGACUACAUUGGCAAACUGCUGAGGCCAGGGGAGGCUCCAAGUGAGUAUAGUGAGGAUGAUGAGGAACCAACUACAGCAGCACCCGCUACUAAACCCAAGGACGAAUAAACUACUGCGUGAGAAGCCGGCUGACCCUCUUACGAACAACCGAUUUGAUUGGUACACGUCGUCACCAAAGAGAUGUUGUAUUAGUUUGGUAUAUACUACAAACAUGACACGAUGUAAGAUGUAACAGCCAUGCUUGGCAGGGCUGGAUCGGUGCUUGUCAUUUCAGUGUCUUUAAAUCAAGUUGAAUUUAGUAAAACUAGUGAAAAUUGAGAAAGACCGAAUUUCCUACGUCCUUUAGUAUGACUCAGAUGUACUCUUCACAUAAGCAUUUCCAGUUUUUCAUUUGAGCAAUAGUUUCCUUCGAUUUUAAAUGAAUUAAUUGCAUUGGAUAUUUUAAAACCGUUUCAGUGUUUGGCAGAGAAAUGUGUUACAAAUCUAAUGAUAGUGGUUAACAUGUCAUACGAUAUGAGACCACAGUGGCUGUUUUAAUGAGCAAUCAUAUCGUGACCACCGAGGCAUAGACCCGUUCACUGGUCCAUCGCGUAAAACUUUAGGAACUGAAAUUGUAAUUACAAGAGAAAACUGCUUUGGGGUGAAUCAGCCUUUAUUAACUGUAAUCUAAUUGUUUUCCAUUUGACUUAGUGUUUUAGCCUAGUCAAUGCUCUUAACUUGAGCAAAUAAUAUCUAAUAGUUUUCUUAUUGAUUAACGACAAUGAUAUUUCACACCAGUGGUUACUUGGACAAGGUUAAAAAUUAUGUGGCAUGAAACGUUCAUGUAUCAUGAUGAGGGCUACCUUAUAAUAAUAAAAAUAAUUAGUUCAAUAUAUUGUUUUGGAAAAACAGUAUAUUUUUAAAACGUCUGCUAAUACUUUUACAAAGUUAUAAAUGGAUUUGCUUUGAAAUUGACAACUAAUUGUAAUAGAAUGUUCUUGAAGUUCUUUGGAUUUUGUGUGUGGUCUUAUGGCGGGUGUAAAUGUUUCCUCUUGCAAUAUGCUACUAGGUUAGUGAGUGUCUGGCUUACUUAUAUCCAACUCUGUCAUUUUGUGGUUAUGUGUUCGAAUCAGUAUUAGCUACAAAAGGACAGAUCGGUAUGUGGCCACUGAUAUACAAUUAAACAUUGUCGAGUUCGAGGCGAUAGGUUGUAGGGUGAGGUGGUACACCAUAUUGGAGCGUUCCCUGCACUCCAGUACAUUGCAUAGUGGAUGAACAUCGUUAUAUGUAUAUAAUUUGAGAAUAUGAAAUGUAAAUCAAGAUAAAACUUGAAACGUCUUGAAAUUAGAAUGCUUUUAUAAUUUAAAUGGUCGUAUAAAAAGUUUGUGUUUUGUGUAAUAAAGCAGUGUUUCUGUAAAAAAACGUG